AAACCAUUAUAUCUCAAUACGUACCAAAUCAAUGAAGUAUCACGUCUUUCGUCUUUGGUUUAUCAUAUUUUCAGAGGAAUGCAAAGUGUUAGAUCACACCUCAACCCGUGGCCCACAAGCGAAACAGCUGAAACACACAAUCGUCCCAUCGAGAAUUCCACACCGGCAAGCUCGAGGUCUCCCAAUGCCGUGGCGCAUCCCAUAUCUGAUAGUUCCGUUAAUCCGGGUUCAUCUAUUUCUAACGGUGAGGGAUAUUCUUGUGAGUACUGCGGCAAAAUGUUCGCCUAUCAGUACUAUCGGGACAAACACUUGAAGUAUACGCGAUGUGUGGACCAGGGCAAUAGAAAAUAUCCAUGCAAAUUGUGCUCGAGAUCAUUUGAAAAGCGUGAUCGAUUGCGAAUCCAUGUGCUUCAUGUGCACGAGAAACGUCGACCGCAUAAAUGUCAUCUGUGCGAGAAAAGUUUCAGCCAGUCUUCCAGUUUGAACAAACAUUUGCGGGUUCACAGUGGAGAGAGGCCGUACAAAUGUUGCUACUGUAACAAAGCAUUCACCGCUAGCAGUAUCCUAAGAACGCAUAUUCGACAACAUUCCGGAGAGAAACCGUUCAAAAAUCCCGAUUGUUCUUCCUUUGGGGAUUAUCAUUUUAGUAAAAGUCACUGGAUCAAAGUAUAG